AUGCCCGGCCAAAUUCUACCUGGAUUGAUUGAGCCCAAGACUCCAGAAGAGCGUGCCGAGCGCGAGUAUCAUCUCAAAUACAUGCGUGCAGCCCUCGACAUGGGACAACUUGCUCUGGAGACAAACGAGACGCCUGUUGGCUGUGUCCUCGUCUGGCGUGACCAGAUCAUUGCCAAGGGCAUGAACGCCACGAACAUCACUCGUAACGGCACACGGCACGCCGAGUUCAUGGCGUUGUCGGCUUUGUUGUCACGGAAGGAGAAGGGCGAUAUCGAGGACAUGCAGAGCGGCGCCGAUUUUGACGAGUCCACCUGGGGAGACGUCGAUCCAAAGGACGGUCACAUCUUCCCAUAUGGCCAGAAGCUGCACCCAGCUCCAGUCGUGGAUCGGUCGAUUGUCAACGAAUGCAUUCUCUAUGUCACAGUUGAGCCGUGCGUCAUGUGCGCCUCGCUACUCCGGCAACUCGGCAUCAAGAAAGUCUACUUCGGAGCUGUCAACGACAAGUUUGGCGGCACAGGCGGUGUGUUUCGAAUCCAUAUGAACUCGAAGCCCGUGCCACGGCCGACAGAUCGACCGUACCAGAAUGGCUACGGCCCAGCACCUGUUGAGAAGACGACAAAACCACGCCCGGGCUCUUCCCCACGCGAAGAUGACGAUGGUGACGGUGGCAACGUAGAACCUGGCUUUCCCGCGGAAGGUGGAUAUCUGCGUGAUGAGGCUGUCUCUCUCCUGCGACGCUUUUAUGUCCAGGAGAAUGGUAGAGCUCCUCAACCUCGCAAGAAAGAAGGAAGAGCUGCAAGGCUGUUCGCCAUGGAGGCAGAAGCGCAGGCGCUCAAGAGCAGCGCUUCAGAGAUAUCCGACUCCGUGACUGCACCGCAAACCCCCGUGGAGUCGGAAGCCGCGAAGCCGUCGCUAGCUGCGGCCGCUGUCAAGGAAGAAUCGGCCUAG